UGUUUCUCAAUCAAUCAUGCCUCAAUUUGAUAAAUUCACUUAUUUCACACAAUUUUUCUGGUCAUGCCUUUUCCUCUUUACUUUUUAUAUUCCCAUCAAAGAUGGAGAUGGAGUACUUGGGAUCAGUAGAAUUCUAAAACAACCCAACCGACUGGUUUCAAACCGGGGGAACAAAAGAAGGAGAAAUGACCCCAAGAGUUUGGAAGAUAUCUUUAGAAAAGGUUUUAGCACCGGUGUAUCCUAUUUGUACUCUAGUUUAUUCGAAGUAUCAAAAUGGUGUAACGCCGUCGACUUAUUGGGAAAAAGGAGGAAAAUCACUCUUAGUAUAAACCCGGUUUUGGUUCUCGCCCAGUGCUUUUCGAUUUGUUUAUUUCUAUUGAAUUCUGAUUCCGCUACCUUAUGCGAUGGGGUAGGAGUGUACGGACCGCCGUCCCCGCUGACUGUGGGUAACGAGAUGCUAGCACCUUUAAUAGAUCCACCAGAGAUAGAUCUUCCGCCCGCCCCACAAAUUCCCACAUUAAGGACCCCACUAAUUCCCGACCUUAUACGUCGGGAUGAACUAUACGCCCGGUUUUCGGUCAAUACGAUAGGGGAAAAUCCUACCCUGCGUAGGAUGACCGAAACUCUGGCGCAUCAAACGGAAAUAGAAAGACUAAUUAAAGAAACAUUGAAGUCUUUGAAAAUGUUUCACUAA